CGCCUUACCCCCAAGACAGAUAUCUCAUCAUGGGCCAGUCUUCAUCACUGUAUUUGGACGAGAUGUCGAAGAAGACGAACUUCACCCCCGCAGAAUUAGAACGUCUCAAGAAACGCUUUAUGAAACUGGACAGUGACAACUCAGGGUCGAUCGAUAGAGAGGAGUUCCUUUCCAUCCCCGCGAUAGCCACAAACCCGCUCGCGAGCCGGAUGAUCGCCAUCUUUGAUGAGGAUGGUGGCGGAACGGUCGAUUUCCAGGAAUUCAUUACCGGUCUGAGCGCGUUCAGCGGUCGUGGUGGCCGUGAAGAGAAGCUCAGAUUCGCGUUCAAGGUAUAUGACGUGGAUCGGGAUGGGUUUAUCUCCAAUGGCGAACUGUUCCUCGUGCUCAAGAUGAUGGUCGGUGCUAACCUGAAGGAUCAACAACUACAGCAAAUUGUAGAUAAGACGAUCAUGGAAGCGGACAAGGACGGCGACGGGAAACUCAACUUCCUAGAGUUCUGUAAUAUGAUAUCCAAUACGGACGUCAUCAAGCAGAUGUCGCUUGAGAACCUUUUCUAGCCGUAACGACACCUACACCCGUUCCCCCUCACCUCACUCGACCUCUCCACUUCUCACGUGUAAUCACGCAUGUACUUUCCCUACCGGGCCAUUGAUAGUCUGUCCUGUCCUCGAUACCAAGUACGAAUCAAACGAUUGCUGCUGCAUUCGUUCCUCCUCCCUUUGCCCCUAAAGGCGAGACGAAAUUGGGAGCAGGGUCCUGCCAGCUUUCAGCGCUUGAAAGGGCGGGGCGCCGAGCCGGGAUGCUCGGAAUGACAUGCUUCCGGGGCUGAAUUAGCUUCCCGUACAUGGCUUGCAAC